AUGGCUGACCAUAAUGGGGCCGCGACUCCGGACCCCUCCAAGGGACCAGCGCUGCCCUGGGACGCGCCGCGCUGCCCCGCCCGCCCACGGCGCAGUCCCCGCCCCGGGGCGGCGAAGGGGGGGCCUGGCCCCGGACCACAGGCACGGUCCUGGCCACAGGCAGGGCUCCGGACCACAGGCGCGGCCCUGGAGUACAAGCACGGCCCCGGCGCCGGCUCUGGCUCCUGCCCAGCGCUGCCGGCGCGGGGGCGGUUGCCAGGCGGCAAACGGGGCUGGCGGGGUUGCUCGGCCCGCGCUGUCCUGCGCCUGGUGCCCCGGGGGCAGAAAGGGAGAGCGCCAGGAUCCCCAGAGGUGCUGAUGCUGGGACUUCCAGGAAUGUGCGCUUCUCCCGGGCAGUACAAACACUUGUGUGCUCCUCAGACAGAUGCUCGAGGGCACUCAGACCAGCUGGCUUUGGGAAUGUGGGACGUCAGAAAGAAGAAAGGACUUGCCACCUGCCUGCAGAGCCUGCAAACCUCAGCAUGGUCUCUUCCUUCCAGCAGAAGCAUCCCUGGAUGUCAGUAAUCCCAGCAGGUCUUGUUUCUAACACCAGUGGACUUCACUGAGAGAUGCACGUGGCUGGGUGAGAGCCUGAGCCCUCAACCAUCAGCUCAAGCUGAUGACUACAACCAGGGCUCCAUGACACUGAAGAGCUGAAUCCAUCCCAGAUCCUGGACUGACAUGACAUUAAUAAACUGAAAAUGCUUUAUCAAAACUGCAGAGGCAAUUUAAAGCAAAUUCUUUGUCAGCAGAAAUUGACUUUCAAUGUACUCUUUCAACACAUGUAAAAUGAAAAGGAAAUAAGAGUUGUAUAUGUUGCUUCAUUGCAGCCAA